UUCAAUCUGUCCACCCGCAUUUAUUCCAGAUCACAGUUAUGAGAUAAAGUUUAAUAAAAAUCUUUUCCUCCGCCACCAACGAAAUGAAAUCCAACCCUUUCUGAACAAGUGAACACAAUGAGACAGGACUGCGGAGGAAACCUCAUGUUCAACAUGUAUCUCUCAGAUCCAACAGAAAACCUGUUGAAAGAAAGCAAAGGAACAUCCUGGGGUCCAAUAAAUACAGGAGUACAAAAAGGCAGCGGGCAGAUCCAGCUGUGGCAGUUCCUGCUGGAGCUGCUCUCUGACAGCACCAACAUGUCCUGCAUCGCCUGGGAGGGAACCAACGGAGAGUUCAAGCUCAUCGACCCGGACGAGGUGGCCCGGCGCUGGGGGGAGCGCAAAAGCAAACCCAACAUGAACUACGACAAGCUGAGCCGUGCGCUGCGCUACUACUACGACAAGAACAUCAUGACCAAAGUCCACGGCAAGAGGUAUGCCUACAAGUUCGAUUUCCACGGCUUGGCGCAGGUGUGCCAGCCGUCCACCACGGAGCAGGCCAUCUACAAGUUCCAAGGCAACUUCUCCCCGAUCCCCUUCACCGGGAUCUCCAAACUGAACCUCGUGGCUCCCGGAGUGGGCCCCUCGGGUUUCUCCUACUGGCCCGGUUCCCCUCCGGCGGCUCUCUAUCACAGCCACAACCUGCAGCCUCCGGGGCCCUUUGGCACCGUGUCUCCGUCCCACAUCAGCUGCGUCAACAACAUCAACAGCCUGAGCAACAUCAACAACCACUACAACUGACUCUUAGAGCGCAUUUUAGACUAAGUGGAAAAAUCGAGACACCACAGUAAAGAAAGAGGAUAGAUGACGAGAAGGACAAAAAAGGUCAGCAGGCAAAAAUAUGAUUUAGUCUAAAAUUGGCUUGAGUUGGCUAGAAGUGAUCCAAACCACGUUUUGAAACUUGCAUGACCUGCAAACUGGAGCUACGGUUUUAUGGAAGCAAGACGUAGAAAAUUUGUACUUAAAAAUAUAUUUGUUGUUUUUUGUUGUUGUUUUAAGCUUUUCAGGAGCAAAUUAUUAAAUCCAUCCAGAGGGCCAGUCAAAUUACGCACUGUACGUAACAGAAUACGCGCAUUGUUUCAGCAGUUAAAUGAAUUACAUUUAAUCCAUAAACACCCCAAAUAGUCAUAUAAUUUGAUCACAAACUGUCAAUUUUAAUUGGAGAUAAAUAUUUACAUAAGGAGAGGUUUUUUUUUUUUGGGGGGGGG